CAGAUGAUUAGAGUGAAUUUUAGCACUGAGUUACGUAAACUAACAGUAAACCAAUAUAACGGUGUCCACCAUAAAGAUGUGGUUUGUUGGACAUUGAAUUUUUUAUUUGCAACUAAUUAAUUGUGCUUUGACUUUCAUUUUUGUGGCAACUUUCUGAAAUCUUCAGGUUCUUUUCGUAUGGCCAUGCUUUUUCAAUACACAGCACUUACAGAGUGCAUAUUUGGUUUCUAAAGAGUAGAACAUUUUAAUUGCCAAUGGAAUGUGAACAAGUUGCUCCUCUUCGUCAGAGUCAAGAGAGAUUCAGAAGUCCGGAUAUAUCUCGUAGAACUUUGGGUGAAGAAGCUGUGGCAGCACACACAGUCAAGAAAUCGCGUCGAGCUAAAUCAACUGAACCAACUGCUUUAGAUCCGGAUGACCCUUUUGUUAAAUACACAAAUAAGGUGGAUGGGUUUAAUGAAACUCCUCAGGAGGAAACUGUUGAUAAAAGAUGGUCGUUAAUCGCCAAAAACUACGAAAAUAUGUCUAAACAAGAGUUGUUAAGUAACUACCGGCUACUAAUGAAUGAGAAGCUUCGGUUGGAAAGGUUUUUAUCGAUAAUGACAAAGAAUAAUGAGAUGGCUCGUAAUCGUCUUGAAUCCGACCUGUUAGACGCUAUGAUGUGCAUAGAGGAUUUAAAACAGGCUCUUGAAAUUCGUAUGGCACGACGACGUAAAAUUGAUCCUCGUGAAGCUGAAGAAAGACGAUAUUUAAUACGUCAGAAUAAAAAGUUAUUGAAUCAGUUAUUUGAAUCAGCCAAGAAAAUCGAACGACUUGAAGUGACUAAAGUAGAAAUGAAAGAACAAUUGGAGCUGUUGGAUUUUCAAAUUGUUGAAGUUGAAAAUCAAAAAGCUAUGAUGGAAGAAGAGCUGAGAAAAAUACCACCGACUGUACACGAAGAAACUCAAACUGAGGAAAACUCUAAUAAUCACCAAUUGAUAUCUCAAUUAAGAGAACAAUUAAAUCUACUCAAAUCAGAUUUAUCAAAUCAAAAAGCAGAAACUGCUGCUGCACAAGCUAAACAAAGUCAUUUGGAUAAUUUAGUCAGAGAGUUACGUCGAGAUAAUAUUGAAUUGAGAGAUCAAUUGGCACGUGCAGAUGAUGCAGAGAAUUCUCUAGCAGAAAGUGACAAGCCAAUGGCUGCUGAUGUUCGACUACUCAAGUCCCAAUUAGAAGAGCAGUUAGAACGUGUCAGAGAAUUAGAAGAAAAAUUGAAUUCAUCACGACAAUACUCAGAAAAAUUGGAAUGCCGUGUUCAAGAUCUUAUCAAUCACAGUAAUUGUCAACCGUCAAGUGAAUCUUUAUCUUUUGAAAAUCUUGAAGAAAAUACAUCAGAUUCACUUUACACAAUGAGUGAUACAAAACCAUUAAAUACAUCACAACCAGCAAUAAAAACUCUAACAACACCAUCAACAACAACAAAACCGGCAACAACAACAACAACACCAGCUUCAGCUUCAUCAGCGCCUAAAGUAGAUGAUAUACUUCUUCAACAAACAAUUAAUACAUUUCAGUCACUUUUAGAUGAACGUGAUCAAGAAAUAGGUCAAUUAAAAAAGUAUAUACAACAAAAUAAACAAGAUAAUAAUAAUAAUCAAUUGACUUUUUUUAGUAAUAGUGGUGGUGGUGGUGGUGGUGAAGAUGUUAAUUUACCCAAACUAUGUGAAUCAUCAAUUCAAACUGAAUUAAAUAAUGAACAAAUGAAUAAAUUAUCAACUUUAAAAGAAACAUUAAAUUCAGGUGGUCAUAUUCUAACUAAUCAAGAAUAUGAAACAUUAAAUAAUGAAUUAAAGCAAACAUUGGUUACACUAGCCAAUAAUCCAGACAAUACAGAUAAAUCAACUACUGAAGGACAAUUAAACCAAGAUAAUAUUGAUAAUAAUGAUUUAUUACUUACAGCUAAUAAACUAAGAAAAUUAUCUCAAGGCAUGAAAAUUAAAUCAACUCUACCAGAAACUAAACCAUCCAAUAAUGAUGCCGCUGAGACUCCAAAUACUGUCACUGAGGAGCAAAAAUUAAUUGAAGACUUACGUGGUCAAGUCGAUAGUUUAAAGCAAGAAAUUAAAAGAUUACAACGCGGUACAUCUACUGUUGAAGAACGAAAUGUCAGUGGAAAUGUUGGUGAAUUCCAUCUAUCACAUAGUUCACCAAGUCAUUUCUAUUCAAUGGAUCCAUCUGAUAGUAUAGAAAAGCUUUCUAAAGAUAAAUCGAAUGGUUCGUACAAUCCUUCAUAUUAUAGUACUCAACUACAAGAACUACGUCAAACUGGUGACUUAGAAUUAGUUCGUGCACAUCUCAGCCUAUCGGAGAGACGUCGACGUGAACUUGAACGACGAAUAACUGAAUUAACUGAUGAAUUGGCACGUUCUCGAGCUGAAGCACGUUCAGCAGAAACUAGUCUUUCUGCUGCUCGUCGAACUGAAGCCGCCUUAAGACGACGUCUUCUUGUAGCAAUGGAUUCACGUAAUUUACCAAGUGGAAAUUAUGAAAUGAGUGCAUUACAUGGCUCACGUGAAAUAACUACUAGUGGAAGUUCAGAAAUGUUAAACAUUGUAGAAUUACAAGCAGAUAUUAUUAAACUACAAGCAACAAACGCAUCCUUAAAUGAAGCUGCUUUACUAGAUCGUACUAGACUACAUGAUCAAGCUAUGCGUAUAGAUCAAUUAGAGUCAGAGCAUAAAGCACUACUCGAUCGAAUUUCAUGUCUACAAGCAGCUGAAACUGGUGCACAACGUGGUAUCGUCCGCCUACAGGCCCUUUAUGAAGAUAUGCUACGUGAAUACUCAGAGUCCAAACCAUUCGAAUUAACUAACAGUCGUGGACGUGAUCGUCAGCGAAGCCGUUCACGUAAUACUGCAGACACUGAUAACAAUAACAAUAGUCAUGUUCGUAAAACAUCACGUGGUUAUGAUGUCAAACAAAUGGAAAGACAAAUUUCUGAUCUGAAAGCUGUAAAUGCAUCAUUGAAACAAACUAUUACCGACAAUUCAAUGCAACUAUCAAAUGCAACAUCUACUACAGUGUAGAGAGUUACAGUUUAAGCUGAAGGUUCUUUUAUGUGGACCUUCAUAUACUGUAUGUCUCCACAUCAUUUAUCAUGUCUAUUGUGUCUAUUCCUUGAAGUACUGAAAAAUACACUGAAAGAGCAAGUUUUAGACGUUUCUUCUUCAGAAUGAAAAUUUCAUAUGAGAUGUUUUUAGUCUGUUCAGUUAUGUGACAUUAAAGCUGAGCUAAAAUCUGGACAUAAUUAUCUCCUGGUAUGUUAAGAGGCAGUAGCAUUUUGUAGUAGUUGUCAGAAUACCUUUCCUAUGUAGUAACAUGUAACUUAUAUUUAACGAAAUUUAUUUAUAACACAAAUAAUCAAGUGAAAAGAAUUCUUAAAACAAUAACUUCAUUUGAUAAGCUUUCACAGUAAAGUGUUCGUAAAUGGCGCUCGCUUUUUUCUAAAAGGAAUUCCACUCACAUUUUCCACAUGUAAAUACUAAAACUGAUCAUUAUUUCUAAUUCAUUCUUUUGCAUUCCAAGUGGAAUAUAAAACUUCAAGCUUUCACCUUUGAAGUUGUUGUUGUAGUAGUAUUGUUGUUUUAUGCACUGGAUUUGUUGGUCUCACUCACACCCAGCCUUUUCUGUUUUUCGGACUUACUACCGGUUAGUCAAUAAGGUGAAGUUUAAGAGUACAAUCUUUGGGAAUCCAACUCAGAACUCUCACGUGGCUGGAAAGCAUUCUAUCAUUGAAACACUAAUGCACACGAAAAGUGGUUUUUACACAAAAAAUUUAGCAGAUAAUGUACUGGUUAGCGAAGCAUAAAGUGACUGUUUUCAUAUCUGUCUGUGUGCCUUCAGCAGUUACACAUACGCCUUGCUGACGUAUGCCAACUAGAACGAAACCUAGGUCAGAUAGGACUUCCUGCCGAUUGCCUCCAACCAUCUAAUAUCAAAUCAAUGUACACCGUGAUGGCGAGCUACUUAGAAUGGUGGCCACUUUGCCAACGUGACUGAUAGAAUUCCGUCUGCACCAAAGGACUAGCCUGACACAUAACAGUAGUUACUAGAGUCCAAUCAAAGUUUAAUGAACAGUUAGGAAAUAGUAAAGUAUUAAUUUUAACCAUGUUUUAGUUUGAAACAUACUUGGAAUACAAAGUGCUCAAAAAUACUCAUUCACCUACUUUAAGAUACUAUUUAUAAAACACUAUGAUUGGUAAGUUAACCGAAAGAGAUUUUUAAAUGAAACUAUACCAGUGAAUGAAUACCUUCUAGAAAACUUAAUUAUUUUUAACCAGGUUUAAAUAAUUGAAUAGUUUUAAACAACAGACAAACAGAUUCAGAAAAUAUAAUUGAUAAAAAGACGUUCACUCCCUACAUACCAACACUUGAAAACUAAUCUGAUGCUCAGUAGUGGCUGGCCGUUUACUGGAAGUUGCCUGAAGUUCUACUGAGAAGUCGUAACUAGCAGGGUCCAUCAGAUCAGAUGGGUGGAUAGUUGCUCGCUAAUUGCGGUGGCGCUACACAUAUCGUGAAUUGGUAGAAGUUGGAAUUCAUGGGCCGUUGGGUCAGGUCUCAUUGGCUGAAUGAUCUACAAGAACACUUUGUAACUGGAAGGUCCUGGGUUCGCACUUAAGUGGGUGCGUACUGAUGACGAGUCCCAAAACAGUUGUUCAGUACUCUUUGAUUUUCCAACGAUUAUCUAAUUGACAUCAGCUUGUGAUGAAACCGAUAAAGAAGUCAUUGAGUUAAUUUCACUACUAAGAAUUAAUUUUAUUUCGUUAGUGGUUUCGAUUUUACUUUAGAUAGCUGCUUGACAGAAUGUAUCGGGGUUUAAAAAAAGACUUUCCUCAUAGUGAUGUGAACUAAACAAAAUGAAUGAGUUUCUAAUAUUUAAUGACUGAAUGGUGUCGAAAGGUAUUUUUUGUCAGUGAAAAUGCAUGAAAUAAAAUGUUAUCCGAAUUCUCUUUGCAUAAAUCGGUCCGGAAUGAAAUCGCAUCCAAAGCCUUCUUUUUAAUUUGCUAUUUAUUGUUAAUUCAAAGAAGAAGACUUUAUGAUUUAAUAGUGACUGUCUCCAAGACAUAUUUGCCAAAGUUCUAAUGGAAUAUUAGUCACCCAUUGAAUCACCUGAUUCAGAUGACAAAAAACACAUACUUCGAUUUGACUUCAUUUUGAAAAUAUCAGUCGUAGAAUUACGAAUUUACCUCCUUAGUCUAAAAAAGGCACCGUUGAUGAAUAACUGGCUGAGUUUCAACAUAGGACUUUGUACAGAAGUGCAGCGGUUCAAGUUGCAACAUUGUAUCUACCAUACAAGGGCAGAGAAAAUAAUGAAAAAGUGAUUCAAAAGAACUAAAAUAAGCAGAAAUAAAAGUAAAAGAAUAGCAACUUUAAAAAUCAUGAGGUUUUAAUAAAUACUUGAGGUUACAAAAAGUUAAUCCGUCUGCGCCAUCGAGAACAUUUUUCAUCCAUAUCACCAGAAGUCUCAGUCCACUGAUUCUAGGCGUCUUGAGGAGAUCAACUAGGGAGUCUAUACUUCUUUACGUGACUGAAAACAACUGUCAAGGACUUUAUGACCCCCAAACUCUUUUCUAACCUACUCCUAUGUUGAAGAAAAUGGUGGGUUGGCAUCAGACUUGUAUAAAGACUGUCGAAGAGUUUUAAAGGGUAAUAAUGAACUAUCAGUGUAUCUUUUUAUGCUUGAAUCCUGGAUGGUGAUCACCUGUAAGCGAAAUUGUUGCUGAAGUAAAAAAGACUCGACAGACUAAACAUGCAUAAACUGUAGUCGAAGUUACUCGCAACUUCUGAUCAAUCAUAAUUGUUGUUUAGAGAAGCAAUUCACAUAUAAAGGCAAAUAGAAAUGUAACCAGUAAUAAUUACACGUUAUUAAGACCACUAUUGAUCCGAU